UCCAAUUGGCAACAUUCAACCGCUGCGCCUUUGUAUGACCAACAACGCUCAAUUGAGCCAGUCAAGCAAUUUAAAUUCGCGCGUUAUCCUUCAUGCCAUCUUGUACCAAUUGAUGAUCCCCACUGAUCAAACGAUCGAUCUGGCGACCGCCGCCCAACGAAUGCCGCGAACUAUCGAAUUCCAAUAGCCCAUGCUUCCUCCAGCUUCUAGCUGCCUCCGAGCACUGCAGCGACAGCUAUCUACAUCUCCAGAUUCGAUCUGGAUAUCUGAUGAAGCUUUGAGCCAUGCUUUUCAACGUUUUUGCGCGGUCUCGAAGACCAGGAAACGCUAUGGAAGCUUUGUACCGGGACCGUUGGAAAGUAGAAGGAGGCUGGGCAAGAGACGAAUGACACUUCAAUCCAACGCUACUCCUACGCCCUCACCUGGCCUUGCUUCUCUAUGGAGCUUCUUUGUCGGAGAAGUGGAUAGGACUCGAUGGCAAUGGGAAGCUCCUACAACACGGCACAUAACAUCUGAAGAAUGUUCAUCGGUUCUUCCAAAAUGGUUCGUGGAAUGGGCAACAGCCUCGGACUCUGUUCUGGAUCCUACCAAACGGACGAGUGCAGAAUCUUUCCUAAAGGCCAAGCCUAAAAGGUCUGUGCCCUUGAGAUUCGAAUUUCUGUCUCUUCGGAAGGCCCUCAAAACGUGUCGCCCUGAAGAGAUCCGGGUUUUGUGUGACGAUUUCAAUCGAAAGUUAGCGCAAACGCUUUCGCUCGGCCUCCACACCGAGAAGUUGGCUUUCUUUAUCACGAACCUUGUCAUAAAGGACAUUCAUGCAGGAUCACUGAACUCAGAGGAAGCAAACGCGCAAUGCCUCGCCAUGUGUCAAGCGAUGUGGAAUGGGAUUUCGAGCUGCAAAGUAGUACAAUUUUCAGACCUUGGAAUGACAAUUGCAGGACGAUUUAUGGCCAUUUUGAGCCAUAUCCGGAUGUCAGAGGGCUUGCAAGCUCUGGCCAUGGAAAUAUUGUGUUCGGUGUCGAAGGCCCAGCUGCAAGUGAUGCAUGGAAGCAUACUUCGCUUGGUGCACUCAUGGUUGCUGAGCUGCGAAGGCGAAGAAGCUCUCCGAAAGAGCGAAUCACCUCUAGCAUUGGCUUUUCAGAGUGUGUCCGAAGCUACAAGUGCUGUCACUUCUGUAAAGGCUUUGACAGAAUCGUUGGGAAGAAGCCCUAGUUUUAACCAAGAUUUACCACAAUCUCGCGAGAUUCUGAAAAUGGCAAGGGAUGCCAUUAUAUCUAGCGCAGGUAUUCUUGUGGAGGCGGAAUGCAUCAUCUCAUCUCAUCAUCGCAGUCUCAGGACUCUCACGGCAGCCCUGAGUCACCUUCCUGCUGGGUCUCUUAAGACAAUUAUCCAGCAAUGCUCGAGCAGGAUCCUAAAAACGUGCGAUGAUGAAACCAUUGCCCAUUCACUUCCAGGCAGGUGGCUGUCCUUGAUUGCCCAGCUGCCCAACUUGGACGAGACAUUACUACUCGAAACAUGGAGACAAUUUGGCUCGUAUAUAGGGCAAGAUACGGCUACCGACAUACUGCUCAAAUACUGGAUCGGUCGCGACCUGUUCGAGCGCCCAGCUCUAGCGACCAUUAUCUUCGACGCUAGAGUUUCCCAAUUCAAUCGAAAGGACCCCAGUACUUUGUUAUAUGUCAUAAACGAGGAACGGGAGAAGUACUGGAACAAGAUGAGGCUGCUGUUCACUUUUCUGGACAAGCUUGGAGACCAUCAAACUAUUUACAAGACUCUCUGUUCUCUCAAAAGGCACCAAAUGAAAGUUCCAUCGGAUAUCAUUGAUGAGGCCUUGGAGAGCAUGACCAUUGGAAAUGAAAAUCUGCUUGCUCAGAAAACUUUUAAACUUUACCGGUUCAUCCGAUACAACAAUACACCCUUGCGAUUGGAGAAAUGCCCUCAUUUCAUUUUCUCAAUGAUUAGCAACGGUGCAAGAUCCAGCAUCAUCUGGAAAUCCUUAGGGAUACCAUUGUACGAAUCGACGAUGCCCUCUCUCUUACUCGCAAGACAUACUCCUCCUACAGAAUCGAGCCUGACGGCAGCCGUCGCUGGCCACCUAACGAAAAUGGCAACGCUCUUCGCACACUGUAAAACACGAUCCCAUCGAGUGGCAUUCCGUAACGUCAUGCAAUGUCUCUUCCAUCUCCGUAGGCACAACGCUCCGAUAACACCGGAACUGACUCGAGCAAUGGUUCAGGCGGGUAUCUCAAGGAAAAUCUUAAGUAACGGUUGGAUUGCAAAGGCGAAGGCACAGUGGCUACUGGAAUCGGUUGAGAAGGUGGAGGGAACAGAUGUGGCUGCUACUGUUGACGAGAUUGUCGAAGUGUGGAAUCAACAUAUCUCGGAGAGGGUCUCGAAGCGAGACAAGGCUCUGAAAGUAUUUUAA